CGUCUCCUCAGUGCCGCGCCGAAACCCUAACCCUAGCCGCACAUCCUUUGCAUUCCCACUCUCCCUCCUCAGAUCUCUCAUCUCCAAUGGCGGUGGCGGCGGCGGCGGCAGUUGAGACGACGGCACUCGACGUUAAGCCUCGUCAACGAUGGACUUUCGAUGAUGUUAAUGUAAGUGAUAUGUCACUGGUUGACUAUAUAGCUGUAAGAGUUGAGAAGCAUGCGACAUAUCUUCCACAUACUGCUGGACGCUACUCUGUGAAAAGGUUCCGUAAAGCCCAGUGUCCUAUUGUAGAGAGAUUGACAAACUCUCUGAUGAUGCAUGGACGCAACAAUGGCAAGAAGCUGAAGGCAGUUCGCAUUGUCAAGCAUGCAAUGGAGCUCAUUCAUCUCCUUACUGACUUGAAUCCUAUUCAAGUGAUUGUGGAUGCUGUUAUUAACAGUGGGCCGAGAGAAGAUGCUACACGAAUUGGUUCUGCUGGUGUUGUGCGCCGACAGGCUGUUGAUAUCUCUCCAUUGAGGAGAGUGAACCAGGCGAUUUAUCUUCUCACAACUGGUGCUCGUGAAAGUGCUUUUAGAAAUAUCAAGACCAUUGCAGAAUGCCUUGCUGAUGAGCUCAUCAAUGCUGCCAAGGGUUCUUCUAACAGUUACGCAAUAAAAAAGAAGGAUGAGAUUGAACGAGUUGCCAAGGCCAACCGUUGAGUAGUGAUGCUAUGUUUGAGUGGAGAUGUUCUGUUUUCCCCCUCGCAAAUCAUGCUUAUGCUUGCAGCUGAUUGUAUCGGCUUGGUUGUGUUUUAGACAAGUUGUGGUUUAGGCAAGUUUUGUUGAAACUCGUAUGAUGACUUUAUCUUUUUGUUAUAUCCCGUUGUUUGGGCAACAUAUACUCCUAUUUUAACUAUUCAGUAGAGUUUCUUAAUUCUAUGCCAUUGAGUGUUA